AUGCAUCGCGCUCUUGUUCUCUUUGGAGAUGCUUAUGCCGUGACACAAGAUGGCAGAGCUGUCGUCAAAACGAAGUUUGGAUCGGUUGCGCAGCCCCGAGACACACCACCAUGCAGGACCGUGCACUUCACUCUUGAGCAGUUUUGCUCACUGCUUUCGACUGAAGACAGGGCUUUAUGGCGGGACUUCGUGCGGGCUGUCUUGCAGAUGAAGAAGGACGAGGCAACCAACAUCGUGCGAGCAGCCACCAGAACCACAGCUGCUGCUGUGCAGAGCAAUUGUCAAGACCCCACAAUAUCGGUACUCGUAUCGACUCUGGCUCGCGCAAACGUGGAUGUACAGCCAUGCUCAUUGGCGACCAAGUUGCGAAACCUCCCCCCUGAUGAGCCGUCGCUUCACACGACCACUCAAGCUCUGAAGCACAAAGACGGUGACUACAAUCAGCUGCUCAAUGCUUACCUUGUUUGGAAGUCCUGGCAGGACUGGCCUCGUGAGUAUGCGCGGAGACUGCUGUCUACGCACCUCAUCGUGGUGAAGGAGGCUGCAUCUAACGCGCGACUGCGCGUGGAUUGUUACAUCCCACCGCAGUCCAAAGAUGACGAUGCCUUCAUUACAUUGAUGGAGUUUGAAGGUGAUCGCUCGGCGCAACCCCACGACUUCGUCUCAGCUUGCAAGUCAAUUCAGAAGGACCUUGCUUUGCAGUGCGCUGAAGUGUGGGCGUCCAAGGCACGAUUCAUGGUGUGGUACUGCAAUGGUGAAGACAACAUCCACCUCAGCCGCCUUUUCACCAGCAACAACCACGUCAACGACGACGAGCAUCCGGCAGAAGACUGGGCGCGGGUUGCAUUUGAGCAGCUGAAACCUGCAUGCGAGCCACAUGGCUUCCGAUUUGAUCACCACGACUACGCGUUCACAGCACCCCACAAGUCGCAGUGGAUCCUUCUCGUGGUCUGGGACCCUGACAUGCACAGCACAGCUGCAGAUGCGCUGCGAGAGCACGUUCACAGCAUUCCGCUCAUUCGACAGAUACUCCGUGAACACGUCGUGGAGAUAGUGGGCUGUGCCGAGUAUUCUCAUCGGCGAGAGCUCCUGGCCAGCUUCACCCCAGAGGCGGCAGCGGCAAUCCAACCACGUGCAAGCUCAAACCAAUCGCUCUACACCAACGCCGUGGCGAGGAUCAACAGCGUGUGGGACGCUAUGCUACUUCCGCAUGACCAGGACGGUGGUGGCAGUAGACAGCACAGCGGAGUGACAGCAGCGCAGCUGGUGGUUGAUGUGGGGUUUACCGGGGACGUGUGUGAGCGGCUUCUCAAGAUCGCCCGCAGGCUCGACAGCGAGGGCUGCCCUGGCUACACGAUCCGCUCGCUGGCCAUCUCGGCUGUGUGGAACUUGUGCAUGCCGAUGGAAGGCCCGCUCAUUGGCGAUGACAUCCUGCUUGGUGCAGAUGGGGCAGUCAACAUUGCUGGCGGUGAUGGCAGGGCUGUGCACGUCUAUCACCGUGAUGGUUGCGAUCUGUUGCAGAGCAAGAACAAGCAGGGCACUCUCCUUGAACAACUCCCUUCAGCGACGUUACCCCGUCUGAAACUGCCCCCGCCCAAGGGUGAGACCACGGUUCGUCUUUUCCAUGGCACCACCCGCGCAGCGGCCACGGCGAUUCUCCAAGACGGCAUCGAAGCUGCAAGGCUGGGCGACGCGUGCGACUUUGGCAAAGCCUUCUGCACUACCACGAGCUUUCCUUACGCGGUGCAGUAUGCAUACGAUCGAGCAGUCGCUUCAAGCCGGGCUGAUGACGACAUGGCCAUUCUCGUGUUUGACUUGCGCACGGACAAGCUGCCCAGGGGAUCAAAGUUGCUUACUCUUCGCGAUUCAACAGACUGGAAGCUGCUGCUGGAACAUUGCCGCCGCUGCAAGCUGCGUCAGCUGAAGAAGGGCUACCCAGGCCUGCACACCAGAUACAGCAAUGCAGAACUGGUCAUCGGCAAUAUCUGCGGAAAUGCAACUCAAAUUGAAACACGUGGGGCGAAUGGCGCACGCCCCCUCAUGUACCACGGCGAGCCUGUGACGCAACACGCCUUUCGACCACAGCACAGUGGCGACUUUGCUGUGUUGAGUGAUUUGCUUGAUGGGGACGUGUCUGCGGGCACAUCCGCACGCCGCAUCCUCGUCAGGGGCGCUCCACGCACCAUCUAG